CUCAUCUACCUUCAAUUGUUGUCGCAUGCCCAUAUCAUCGGGACUGGGAAGAUAAAAACACCACAAUGUCCACGAACAACAGGCCGCAAGGCGAAAAGACAUAUUUCGAGCAACAACGUGAACUUGUACUCCAAGAUGUCGCAACAAAUCUAGAGCAAGUGCUUCAAAACAUGAAUACUUUGAAUCGAAGUCUCGAAAGCGUCAUCGCUGUCGGCAACGAAUUCGGCCAAGUCGAAGGGCUUUGGUCAAUGUUCGAGAACGUCAUGGCGCAACAGCAACAGCCAAACAGCACGCACGAAGAAGAUGGUCAAACACAAGCGCAUACUGGCGCGCAAGAGAAAGGAGAGGGGCAUUAGACGAUGAAAUAAGAUGAGGAAGAGUAAGAACCAAGCUGCCGAAGAUGAGGAGAAAAUAUGAUACCCAGAGAGAGAAAGCGAGAGAGCAUAUCACGACCGUCACGAAUAGAACUUUGCCGCUAGGCAUCCAGGACUAAGUUGCCGUCGAGCAACAACAACAACCACAACAAUGUAACAGGCUACGAUCUAUAGACACUCGCCGGCUACACAGAGCUCAAG